AUAUUUUUAUACAAGUGACGAAGUGAUUUGGUAACAGAGGUAAGGACUAAGGAUAGGAUAGUAACAGAUAGGUAGUGAUAUCUCAGUGUGGGAUUAUUAUCAAACAAAUGACUGCUGCUACAGCAUCAGCAACAACUGUUACCGUUGACGAAGAUCUAGAGGACUGUGGACCACAGCUUAUCAAUAAAUUGGAGGGAAAUGGAAUCACAUCUGGCGAUAUUAAAAAGUUGGAAGAGGCUGGGUAUCAUACAGUUGAAUCAGUGGCAUAUGCCCCUAAAAAAUGGUUGAUCACAAUAAAAGGCAUUUCUGAAGCGAAGGCAGAUAAAAUAUUGGCAGAAGCAUCCAAAUUAGUGCCUAUGGGAUUUACUACGGCCACAGAAUUUCAUCAAAAAAGAGCAGAAAUCAUUCAGCUGACAACAGGUUCAAAGGAGUUAGACAGGUUGCUCGGAGGUGGCAUUGAGACAGGUUCAAUCACAGAAAUAUUUGGGGAGUUUAGGACGGGGAAAACACAACUAUGCCACACACUUGCUGUUACUUGUCAGCUACCAAUAGAGCAGUCAGGAGGUGAAGGCAAAUGCAUGUACAUAGACACAGAAGGAACCUUCCGUCCAGAGCGGUUGUUGGCCGUUGCCCAGCGGUAUGGCAUGGAGGGAGCUGCAGUCUUGGACAAUGUGGCAUAUGCCAGAGCUUACAACACUGACCAUCAGUCACAACUAUUGGUACAGGCCUGCGCUAUGAUGACAGAGUCCAGAUAUUCAUUGAUAAUAGUAGACAGUGCGACCGCGCUGUACCGCACAGACUACUCCGGCCGCGGCGAGCUCAACGCCAGACAACUGCACCUCGGCCGGUUCAUGCGGAUGCUGCUGCGACUGGCUGAUGAGUUUGGUGUGGCAGUGAUAAUAACGAACCAAGUGGUGGCGCAAGUGGACGCGGUGGGCGUGUUCAACGCGGACACAAAGAAGCCCAUCGGUGGGCACAUCAUCGCCCACGCCUCCACCACCCGACUUUACCUGCGAAAGGGGAGGGGAGACAACCGCGUGUGCAAGAUAUACGACAGCCCGUGCUUGCCGGAGACCGAGGCGAUGUUCGCGAUCAGCACUGAAGGCAUCACGGACGCUAAGGAGUAAUUUUAAGCUUAGUGUUAAUUUAAUACUAUAAAGUCGAUCGCAUACUACCGCAAGAUCCGCACUCAACGCAUUUGAACAAGUAAUAAAAAAGUUUUCUAAAAAAAACCACUGACUGCGGUUUG